AUGCCUCGACCUAUCGAACUUGCCAAAAGUGUGUCUCAGAUCAUCAAACAGGCCGAAGAUAUCGGAGGGCGCGUGCAGAAAGUCACAAAAUCAGAGAACACACCCAACGGGCUCGCUUGCCUUUCUACCGAGCUAUUUCUGAUCGAAACUGCACUCAAAAAGCUUCCGAAAUGCGCUUGGAAACCGGAAAAGGUCUCACAGCUCCAAGAUCCCAAGAUUACCAGAGAUCUGGAUGAGGUACUACUUGUGGUUACUGUCAUUCUCCAUGAGAUACCAGUGGAGCUCGACUCUAUUAUGUCCCAAAAGGCGAAGAAAUUCUCAUGGAAGCGAAAAGAUGACUCUACUCGACUCAUUGUUCGUCUUCGGGCGCUGCAUAGUGCGCUCCGACUCCUCCUGACAGUUGUAUCCAUGUCUCCAGGUGACGAGACGGAGCAGAGAUUGGAAGCGCACGCUACUGCCAUGGAAGCCAUUCGCUACGACCGGAUCGAAUAUCUGAAGCGGCUCGGAAUAAAAGAUCAAUCAUACCCGUACACGAGCAAUUUGCUGGAUGAUCCAGAUGGAGACUUCGUAGCAACGAAGCCCAGCAAGCGGAAAGGGAGACCUCCGCGUCUGACUGCCGAACUUGUACAGUAUAGGAUCGAUCGAAAGGAUGUGCAAAAGAUUUACGAUGAAAGUGGAUUGAAGCCAUGGAUCGUGACGGAGUUGCUCCAACGCAUCAAGUCGUAUGGGUCUGAAGAAGAUUACCGCAUUGCUCUGGCUACCCUCAUCCAAACGAAUCACGGCGUUACUUAUACUGCAGAAAGUUUGGCCGCGCUGCACGACAUCGACCCACGACUCUAUUCGAGAAUACUCAAAUUACAUGCGAGACACUCGCUAGAUAUCGAAAGUCUCGUCGCAGCCCUUGCUCAUCUAACAGAGAAGUUUAUAUCAACACAGGGAUAUCUCUUCCGCCUGGCCCACCAUCACCAGUAUGACAUUAGACGAUUGGUGGAGUUAGAGAAGAUCAUCGAGGACGCUUACCCACCCGAGGACGUGAAAACUGGACCUCCCGCUGUCGCGUCCACAAGCACCAGCACAGCGGAACUGGCGUCAAACUCGAGAAUGGGUGUUAGUGGAUUGACAACGUACCUGCGUACCCACCGUCUAGCCGUCGCAAAGACGGUCGAGUUGAAUAAGGAUGGUGAGGCGACACAGGAUACAGACGACCUUUCAAUACUGCCCAAUGUAGAGAUUGUCGUUGAUGGGUGGGGUUUCAUAUAUAUGCUCUAUCAAACGUCCAAGAUCCCGUGGGUAUAUGGAGGAGAGUAUGACCGCUUUGCGGACGCCAUCAAGCGCACCGUCGACUCGUGGAUGAGCGUCGGCGUCAAUCUUUCAUUUGUCUUCGAUGGACCACAAGAAGAAUCCAAGUUCCAGACACGCAUUUCCCGGCUGAUGAGCUCAAAUGUGCAUCAUUCUACACUCUUCUUCCGCACCUCACAGUUGACGCGGGUCGCUCCACGGUUCCUGAACGAGACGCAGAUAAUACCACCACUGUUGUACACAACGUGUGUUGAGACGCUACUCGACCUCUCCUCGUGCUUCACAACCAAGCCAACUGGCAUCUCCUUCCCAUCAACCCGCCCAAAAACGACACUGAAAGUCUACUUCGCGGACCGCGAGGCGGAUCCAUUCAUGGCCGAAUUGGCCGCACGAAUCGGUGCCUAUGUGGCGGCAUUGGACUCGGACUUCGUCAUUCUCAACGCGGCGGGCUACCGUGGCUAUAUCCCGCUCGACGAGCUCGAAUGGACCACUGUCCUUCCUCCUUCGGAUACAGCGCGGUCAAGGACAGUUUCCAGUAUUUCGGUCAACUCGUCCAUUGCGUCCUUGUUAUCGCCCACGGAGAUCAGCGCAGACUCAAAAUUCUGGGAGGAUCUGGCAGACGUGAGCGGGGGAGGAGGAGACUCAGAAGAAGGAUUCAAACCGGUGCAGAAGAAGAAACGUGCCCGUACAGUAAGCGCAAAAUCCAGGCUCAAUCCUGUGGGCAGCGCACCUACAACCCGAGGCGUCAUUCCACCCGAUGAAUUCACUUCUCUUGUGUUUCCUGUUUACACACCAGAGAGCACUGCUGCAUCAUUGGGCAUUCCACCACCCUUGCUACCCUUAUUGGCUGCAUUCGUUGGUAACGAUUUUACGCGCAAGGAGAAUUCCUCACCAAUAUCUACUUCAAUGCCACAUUACUCCCUUCAAGACUUCCUAUACGAGCACAAACUACCGGCAGUAAAGCGGAUUAUCUAUACCGCCAAUACGCUCGCAGCGGUGCUGCAGGGAUUAUCCAAGCCGAACGGCAGAAAGAGAAAGGGGGGAGGGAUUGGAGUGGUGGACGUGAUCAGGACGACGACAAAGCGAAUGCUCCUGCGGCCAGGACACACUACCGAUCCGGAAAUAGAUAUGAUCGUUAAUCGCAUUGUAGAAGGUGCCCUCUUCUACGCCAUCCCACUCUCCUCGACUGCACAUCCUCAAGCACUUUGGCCCACAUCGUUCUGUCCGUUACAUGCCAAUAUUGACCAAUGUCGACUUGAAGCUUUGGUACCAGUGGAGGAAAACGACACCUCACCACGACACUCUCCGAGUGCACAGAAGCACUCUAUACCUAGCCAGUCGAAUCCCCUGAUAAUGGUCCAGAAUCAGUAUAUCCAGGCAUACCGCGCGGGUAUACUCGACCCAAAAAUCUUGGAUGUCCUCAUCAGUGGAACAAUGUGGCCGCGCAUAUUCCUGGAAAGUCCCGAUAUGGCAUCCUGUGCGAGUUCCAAUGAGGCAGCUGGACCGCUCAGGAGAUGGUUAUACGCCAUCCUGGACCAGGGCAUUGGAGUAUAUGUUCCUUUGCCUGAACCAGAGGACGAGGUGGAUGAGGCGAUUCAAAAGAUGGUCGCCGAGGGACAGCAGCCUCGUAUCGCCCCAACGAAGACAACAGAGGACGAGGAGAGUUGGGAUGAAGAAGACGAGGACGAGAUUAUCGAUGUGAUGGAUGCUGACUCGGAGGAGGAGGAUCCGCUGGUCGCGCUCAAAGGUGCUCUACAGCGUCUUAAAGGGGCCAAAGAGGAGUCUCAUUUACCAACUAUACCCGGCCAGGAAGCAAUUGCUGAGGAAGAUGAAUCAGAAACCGAAGAUGAAGAGGAAAAUCUACCGGAUUGCCAUGUCACCGAGUACGUUCGACGGGGAGCGAGGAUUGCAGAGGAAAAAGUUCUCGUCGAGGAUCUCAACGCCUUGAUCGAAGAGGCGUAUCACCAAGAGGAAUCCGGGUUUGGACAGUCGACCAACGCUCACAUACGAACGUCACCGAGUCACCCUAUACAACUCCAGGAAGAAUCCAGCCGCCUUGGCAUACUCCUCCUUGCGACAGGAUCCAACCACCCUAAAGUUCUUGCACUACCAAAGGAAUGGAUCGCCCCAGUCGUUGCCACGCGAUGGUUGAUUCGACACGCAGGGUCAAGGGAAGUGGAAAGAGGGACCUUUCCUGGCCCUAUGCAUCGGAAAUGGGCAAAGGCGGAGAUUUUAGCUCUAAUGGUUGCAUUUGGCGUCGGGACCCCCUGGGAAUCUGCCGUCGGAGGGCAAGUGGACGACUUGCUUAGCGAAGAGCCAAUCGAUCUAUCAGAGCGUACGAUACAACUCCUCGCAAGAGCACUCAGUGUCAUCGAGGCGGUCCAAAUGAUUGUCCAAUCACUCGGAUUGACCACCCGCGUUCCCCUGAGCCUCUCUAGGUUCCGCGGGAGAGUGUUCCACCGACUCUGUGCUCGCUCCUUGAAUCCACUGCCGCGGCAACAAGCGUCGGCGGAGACUACUCUCGCGCCGGAGGCGUUGUUGGAUGACGGUGUGUGGGAUGCCGUCUCCGAAGGCCUGGAGAUGCACAUUGGUGACGAUCUAACGAAGAAGAAGAAACCCAAGGAGAAGGAUACCCAUGCGAAUAGCCAGCCCAAGAUGAACGCGAGAGGGAGAUUGCCUGCUGGUACGAGUGUGUUCAGUCUGUUGGCUGGGAUGGAUGCGUGA